AUGUGCCUGACGCCGCGGAUAGACAGCCCUUGUUCUGUGGCGGGUUACAUGCGACUCGCUGCAGCACUGUACCCGCUCCGACUGCUAAUGAAGCUGGGUGCGCGGGCUCGUCCUGGUCCCCUUCAAAGGACCCAUUCUCCAGGAGAACCAAGGGCUGUGGAGGGGGACCGGCCAAACCCCUACAGCCCAGCGAUUAUGUCACAGAAAGAGGGGGGGCAUUCAUCCAGGGGCCAAUCAAACGCUUCAUUAAAAGUCAGAGCACUGGAGUCUAUUGAGAGGAGAGCUGCAGCUGCUGGAGACGUGUUUGUGCGGAGCGUGGACACAAACGCAGACGAAGGUUAA